GUGUGGGCUCAGUCUCCCCCUAGUGUCCUUAUCCCUAACUUUAACAUCCACAAACCAUCACUCGGCUAUCACUCAAUUCAUCACUUGUUCAGAGAGGAGAAUCUUUAUAUACCACUGAGAACAGCAAAGGGGGCUGAGCUAGACUGAGCUGGGCUGGACUGAGCCGGACUGGGCCUGCUGUUAGAUCACCAUGGGGUGGACAGUGAACCUGCUGACUGUGCUGCUGCUGUCAUCCUGUCUACAGGCCAUAGAGGAGGAGGAUAUCAGAGCUGGCUGCAGCACAGCCGUGAAUGACCUGGUGUACAUCAUCGAUGGCUCCUGGAGUGUGGGUUACACAGACUUCGACACGGCCAAGCACUGGCUGGUCAACAUCACCAGCGGCUUCGACAUCAGCUCCCACUACUCCCAGGUGGCAGUGGUCCAGUACAGUGACACUCCUCGUCUGGAGAUCCCGCUGGGCAAACACCAGGGCGGUCCUGACCUCAUCCAGGCCAUCCAGAACAUCAAGUACCUAGGAGGAAACACACAGACGGGCCGGGCCAUCAAGUUCGCCGUGGACCACGUGUUCCCCUCGUCCCAGCGCCUCAGCGCCGUCAAGAACCGCAUCGCCGUGGUGGUGACGGACGGCAAGUCCCAGGACGAUGUGGUGGACGCCAGCGUGGAGGCGCGGGCGCAGGGCGUCACCGUGUUCGCCGUGGGCGUGGGCACUGAGAUCACCACCUCGGAGCUGGUGGCCAUCGCCAACAAGCCGGCGCCUGCCUACGUCCUGUACGCCGAGGACUACACAAACAUCGACCGCAUCAGGGAGUCCAUGGAGCAGAAGCUGUGUGAGGAGUCGGUCUGUCCCACGCGUAUCCCGGUGGCGUCUCGUGAUGAGAAGGGCUUUGAACUGAUGCUGGGCAUGAACAUCCACCUCAAGGCCAAGAAGACUCCGGGCUCUCUGGCCUCGGAGGCCGCCUACUCCCUGACCAGCGCCGUGGACGUCACCGAGAACACCAGGGAGAUCUUCCCCGAGGGUCUCCCGCCGUCCUACGUGUUCGUGGCCACGCUGCGUCUGCGCGGCCCGGCGGCCCGGCAGCGGGUGGACCUGUGGAGGGUGCUCUCGAGAGACGGCGAGACCCAGGCCGCCGUGACGCUGAACGGCCGGGACAACACCGUCACCUUCACCACCACCAGCACCUCUCACCUGGAGCAGACGGUCACUUUCACCGCCCCCGGCUUUGAGGCUCUCUUUGAUGGAGGCUGGCACCAGCUGAAGGUGCUUGUGAGACCGCGCCAGGUCGCCGGUUUCCUCGACGACCAGCAGAUCCAGGAAGCGGCGCUGGAGACGGCGGAGCCGAUCUACAUCAACGGGAAGACGCAGAUCGCCAAGAGGACGGGGGCAGAGACUUCCGUAGCGGUGGAACUUCAGAAACUGCGACUGUACUGCGACCCCCACCAGAGUGAGAGAGAGACCGCCUGUGAGAUCUACUCUGUGGAUGACGAGAGGGUAAGUGUUGCCUCUCUUCCUUCAUGAAACGGGCC